AUGGACCAUAAACGUGCCAUUCUGUUCGACCUCUCCAAGCUGCAGAGUCGAAGUUUAUUUCAACAACGCCUACAGUUGACAGUGUAUGCCCAACUUCGAUCGCUACCAAUCUCUAUUCUAAUGAAUGAAAUUUCGUUUUUGUCAGGGCGAGUGCCGUCAAAUGGGAUGCGACCGUGUAUUAGGAUCGGAGAAAGCGUUGGACGUGUGCGGAGUGUGCGACGGUGACAAUUCGAGCUGCGAGAAUGUCAUCAGCAAGUUUCAGCGGAAGCUUCGACGAGAAGUAACACGCGUUGCUAUAGUACCGCGCGAGGCUCACAAUUUGCGCGUGAACGUCACAGUAGCGGGAUCCGCAUUUUUCCAUCCAGAUAAUUCAACGAUCGUGAUAGGGGAUGGUAGGAGGAGACGGAACGUGCAGGAGAACUUAGUUUUCCGUAAGCGAGACCUGACGAUCGUUCAAGGUGCUGCGUUCCGCGUUCAGAAACGCGGCAACACGUAUUCCAUAGAGGCAGAUGGUACUACGUUUGAAGAUGUCGUGAUUCUGCUGGUGGUAGCAGAAAGCACAAUAGAGCAAGGCAUCACGGCUUCAGUUUCGUUGCGUUAUUUUCUAAAUCGUGAUGAAAGGAACGCGAAGGACAGAUACGUAUGGCUAUUCGGUGGUUGGAGCUUUUGUUCGGUCAGCUGUGGCGGUGGAACGCGUCAGAAAAUGAUAGUCUGCAAGGACGAGAAAACUGGAAGAAUAGUAUCGCGAAGGAAAUGUCCACUGACAAUCAAGCCGAGCCAAGAGAUAGAAAAGUGCAACGUUUUUAGUUGUACUUUCAAAUGGCUGCCUGGCCCGUGGGAGGCAUGUUCAACCACAUGUGGAAGGUUUGGUAUGCAAUUACGGCAGCUAUACUGCGUUCAUUCGGGAUUUAAUGGGACAGAGGUAAACAGGAAUAACGAAUUAGAAGUGUAUCGGACGAUGGUGCAGCCGUCAAUAUGCAAAACAAGUGCCAUGCCUACGAGAACCAGAGAAUGCAAUAGGAUUCACUGCCCUGGACGUUGGAUUUUUACUGACUGGUCCUCAUGUUCAAAGAACAACAGGAAAGGUAUACAAUCGCGAAUAGCUCGUUGCAUCCCACCGGAGAAUGAAUCGUUCUACAGCUGCGACGGGCCAACAGUGAAAACGGAAAUACGUUCUUGCACCGGGCACGUGACCAGGGCCAUCGAAUUUCCAUCUCGCUGCUGGGGAGACAAAAAUCGAUUCUGCUCUGUACCAAGUUUGAAACGUUACUGCAACGUGCCGGCUUUCAGACGGAAAUGUUGCCGUUCCUGCGAGACGAACGAAACUUUCGAUUCGUCCGAACCGUACGACCGGAAGCAUCGUGUACCGCGAACUUAA